GUUGAAGAACAAAAUGGCUGAUUUUUCAUCACAACGAUCAAAAGAAGACAGAAGGAGGAGGAGCUUUGAUACAGAACUACCUGACUUUCCUCAUGACUCCAGUGUUCUCCUGUCUGAAGAUCAGUUCCUGUGUUCUAUCUGUCUGGAUGUGUUCACUGAUCCAGUCUCCACUCCAUGUGGACACAACUUCUGUAUGAUCUGUAUUAAAACAUGCUGGGAUGACUGUCAGCAGAGUUACUGUCCAUUAUGUAAAGAGAAAUUCACCAAGAGACCAGAACUGAAGGUCAAUACAACACUGAGAGAGGUGGUGGAGCACUAUAAGAAGAAAAGUGUUCUAGAUAAACCUGAGGUUCUCUGUGAUGGCUGCGCUGGAGUGAAGCAGAAAGCCCUGAAAUCCUGUCUGGAUUGUGGUGUGAGUUUCUGUAAAAUUCAUUUAGAGUUUCAUUAUAAUGUUUCAAAGUUUAAGAAACACAAGCUGAUAAACCCAGUAAAGAACCUGGAGGAUUACAUCUGCCAGAAGCACGAGAAACCCCUGGAGCUGUUCUGUAGAGAUGAUCAGAUGUGUGUGUGUCAUUUCUGCACUGUGACUAAACACAAGAAUCACAACACUGUUCCUAUAGAGGAGGAGAGUGGACAGAAGAAAACACAGCUGGGAAAGACACAGACAGAGGUGCAGCAGAUGAUCCAAUACAGGCAGAAGAAGAUCAAAGAGAUCGAAAACUCAGUCGAGAUCAGAAAAAGAAACACAGAGAAUGAGAUUUCAGACAGUGUUGAAGUCUUCACUGCUCUGAUACACUGCAUUGAGAGAAGUCAGGCUGAGCUGCUUGAGGUGAUGGAGGAGAAGCAGAAAGCAGCAGAGAGGCAGGCUGAAGAGUUCAUUAAAGAUCUGGAGCAGGAAAUCACUGAGCUAAAGAGGAGAGACACUGAGCUGGAGCAGCUCUCACACACUGAGGAUCACCUCCACCUCCUACAGAUUUACCCAUCCCUGUGCAGACCCCCACACACUACCAACUGGACUGAUAUCAGUGUUGAUCCUCAUCUGAGUGUAGAGACUGUGAGGAACACUCUGUCUCAACUACAGAAGAGUCUGAAUGAAGAACUCACUAAAACUAUUAAUGAGAAGACCAGAGAAUCAGUCUCAACAGAACUGAAGAGGAUUCAGCAGUAUGCAGUGGAUGUGACUCUGGAUCCUGAUACAGCUUAUCCCUUUCUCAUCCUGUCUGAUGAUGGAAAACAAGUGAGCUGUGGAGACACAAAACUGGAUCUUCCUGACAAUCCAAAGAGAUUUACUAAGUAUAGUAUCAUUCUGGGAAAGGAGGGAUUCUCCUCAGGGAGAUUUUACUAUGAUGUGCAGGUCAGGGGGAAGACUGAGUGGCAAUUAGGAGUGGCCAGAGAGUCUGUUAACAGGAAGGGGGAGACUACACUGAGCCCACAGGAUGGAUUCUGGACUGUGAUUCUGAAGAAUGGAAAUAAGUAUGAUGCUAAUGAAAAUACCCCAGUCCCCCUCUCCCUGGGGGUGUUUGUGGAUUAUGAGGAGGGUCUGGUCUCCUUUUAUGAUGUGGAGGCCAGGUCUCAUAUCUACUCUUUCACUGGUCAGUCUUUCACUGAGAAACUCUAUCCAUACUUUAACCCCUGUAAUAAUGAUGGAGGUAAAAACUCAGCUCCACUGAUCAUCACACCCGUAUCAAACACUAAAUAAAUAUUCAUCAGUAACUGUAAUGAGAACAACAGAAAUAAACA